AUGGCUGGAGCGUCUUCCCCAUUGCUGUCUUCUCGCAAAAAUAGUAACUUGCUUCUUCUUUGCGCUAUUGGCACGAUCCUCGUCUCGGCCCUGGCGGAUGGUGGGCCCCCCGUCGUCUUCAUAUUUGGGGACUCGACGGUUGACGUGGGGACUAACAAUUACUUACCUACCAGGGCAAAAGCCAACUUCUACUAUAACGGGAUCGACUUCUCUCAUGCCCAGCCGACGGGAAGAUUCAGUAACGGAUACAACAGUGCCGACUUAAUAGUGAAGCAGUUGGGUUACAAGCAAAGUCCACCACCUUUUCUGGCUCUUCUCCAAGACAAUUCAACCUUCCAAAGCAAUGUACUUCAAGGUGUUAACUUUGCCUCAGGCGGCGCUGGAAUUCUUGAUGCAACUGGAAAUCAAACAUGGGGUGACGUGAUAUCGUUGGCGCAACAAGUGCAGCAAUUUGCGACGGUUCAGGGCAAUAUCACAGGGAUACUGGGUCAAAACAAAAGUGCCGAGUUCUUUGCCGGCUCGCUCUUCGUCAUCAGCAUCGGAAGCAACGACUUCUUCGAUCCCAUCCUUGACAACGAGACCAUCGUGCCUGAGCCAGAUCUGAUGGCCGUGCUUCGGUCUAACUACACAGCCCAACUGACGGUAGAUACCAACUCGAUAUUGCAACUGUUGGGGGACAAUGUCUCUCCUUGUUUGAGAAAACACUAG